UUUCAAAGGGACACGUCAACGAUGCACGCCACCUUGACCGUUUGGGCAUCACUUUCAGCUUUCAAUUCAAGCGACCGGAAGAAGAAAAACCAUUUUCUAUUCGCUUUCGCUGGCUCCAUCGAUUUCUAGCCAGGGUUUAAAAUUGAUGGCGGCGUCCGCGGAGAUCAGCGACGGUGAUCACGAUGCGGUGGAGCUGAUCGUGUGCGACGCUUCAGCAUCAGAACUUGCUCCCGAUGAAAUCAGUGGCGAUGGUGCCGUCUUGGCCUCAGAGGAGAUAACUCCUCUUUUGAAGCCUAAGAUCAACAUCUUCUCCGUGUCUCACUCUCGCAGAAAACCUAGAGAGCAAGGGACAAAAAUACCUGAAAUAGAGACAUUUCCGGUAACACAGUUUGUUUUGUGGAUAUGGGGUGGAUCGAGAUACUCUGGUCUAUUGUGUGUGGCCAUAUCAUCAACCAUCUACUUUGUCAUGGAAGUUCUUUCUGAAUUUUUCUCUGCUCAGUCAAUUCCGUUGUUUGAGACUGCAUUUGCAAGAUGUGCAAUAACCCUGAUAUCGUCAUAUCUGUGGCUGAGAGGAAACGGACAGCCAAUAUUUGGACCAGCAUAUGCUAGGAAAUAUUUGUUUUCAAGAGCCUUAACUGGAUGCCUCUCAUUGUUGAGUUUUAUUUAUUGCAUUCGAAGGUUGCCUUUGUCCCAGGCUAUUGUAUUAAGCUUCACAACUCCAAUUAUGGCUUCAAUUGCGGCAAGAAUAAUUUUGCACGAGAAGUUGAAAACUGUCGAUGCUGGAGGUGUUGCGUGCAGUUUCUUUGGCGUGCUCUUCAUUUUUAGACAGAUACUUACUACACAAGGAGCAUUACUUAGAGUUGGGGAAACAAAUUAUAUACCCAUCAUGGGCAGGAACCAUGUAUUAACAGUGCUGGUUGCUUUGUUCUCAUCAAUAACUGGUGGAAUCAGCUACUGCCUUGUAAAGGCAGGUGCAAAGGCAUCUGAUCAACCUUUGGCCACUGUUUUUUCGUUUGGCAUACUGGCUACCCCUGCCACAGGAAUAUGUGCAUUUGCCUUUGAGGAAUUCGUGCUCCCAAAUUUUUACACUUUUUUUCUUAUGCUUAUACUUGGUCUUCUGUCCUUUUCUGCAGAGGUGUUUUUUGCCCGCGGGCUUCAGCUUGAGAAGACCAGCAAAGCUGCAAAUGUCCUGUACAUGGAGGUUGCCUUAUCACAGUUAUGGGGGAUUGUUUCAUGGAGGAUAACUCCAUCUUUUGGUGGAUUGGUUGGAUGUUUGCUUAUCUUAAUUUCAGUGUGUUGUACCAUAUAUAUUGGACCUGAAAAAGAGAUGGAGUGAAAGAUUGAACAUUUCUGUCUUCUGGAAGGUAUGCUCACCAGUUUUGAAAGCUUGGACUUCAAUCUAGUUUUUUUAUUUAUUAUUAUUUUUAUCAUCUUUGCCUCCUUACUUUCUGGCUAUGUUGUAAACAUCUUUUUUUCCGUGCCCAUUGAUAUAUUUAACCUGCAAUUAUAAUUAU